UGGUGACGGCGGCCAGCAUGUCCGAAGCUGCUCGCGGCUCGCAUUGGAGGCGGCAGGUGACAGCAGUAAACAAACAGCUAGCAAGAAGCUCUCUAAACAGUCCAAAGUGAAGCUCCAAAUGGUGAUGGUGGGAGGUAAAGCGCUGGCCCACUGUGCCCUGGUUCUGCUCAGUCUGUGGCUGUGCAUCCACUCAGUGCCCAUCAGUGUGAACAAGAGCGAAGAGAAGCCCCAACAGGAAGACCUGAAGGCCCCAGAAAGUGCCGACACCGGACUGCAUUAUGACCGCUACCUCAGGGAAGUCAUCGAGUACCUGGAGAAAGACCCUCACUUCAGGGAAAAGUUAAAGAACACCAACAUGGACGACAUCAGGGAAGGCAAACUGUCCAAAGAGCUGGACUUUGUCCACCACAGCCUGCGCACCAAGCUGGACGAGCUGAAGAGGGAGGAGAUGACCAGGCUGAGGAUGCUCAUCAAAGCCAAACAUGACAUGGCGGCAGGAGACGGCUGGAAGGUGGACCACCAGGCUCUGCUGAAACAGUUUGAGCACCUCAACCACGACAACCCGCACUCGUUUGAGAGCGAGGACCUAGGCCGCCUCAUCCAAUCGGCCACACAGGACCUGGAGAACUAUGACAAGGAACGCCAUGACGAGUUCAAGCGCUACGAGAUGUUAAAGGAGCACGAGAGGAGGGAGAAGCUGAAGAACAUGACGGAGGAGGAGCGGAAGAAGGAAGAGCAGCACCACCAGGACAUGAAGAAGAAACACGCCGACCACGACAAAAUCAACCAUCCUGGAAGUGAAGACCAGCUAAAGGAGGUGUGGCAGGAGUCUGACGGUUUGGACCCGGACGACUUUGACCCAAAGACCUUCUUCAAAAUCCACGACAGCAAUGGAGACGGUUUCUUUGACGAGAACGAGCUGGAGGCCCUCUUUGCUAAAGAGCUGGAUAAGGUCUACAACCCCAAGAAUGAAGAAGACGACAUGGUCGAGAUGGAGGAGGAGAGACUGCGGAUGAGAGAGCAUGUGAUGAACGAGGUGGACACCAACAAGGACAGACUGGUGUCGCUAAGUGAGUUCCUGGCCGCCACAAAUAAAGAAGAGUUUCACCAAAAGGAAGAGUGGGAGACCUUGGAGCAGAACUCCAUGUUCACAGAGGAGGAGCUGACGGCGUACGAGCAGCAGCUGGCCAACGAGGAGAAGAUGAUCAUAGACAAGGCGGCUGACCUGCAGAAGCAGAGGGAGGAGCUCCAAAAGAAGCAGGAAGAACUAAACGCUCAGAAGCACGAUCUUCAGCAGGCUGUGGAUGAUCUGCAGAGGAGGAAGGUCCAGGGCUUAAAGUCAGAGGACACAGCGGAGUCUGUAGUCGCUGGAGGCGGACCGGCGCUAACCAUCCAACAACAAGACCCACCUGUGCCUGGACAGUCUUAACGGGCCCAGCUGGCAGGGAGUGUGCAUGUGUUUGUCUCGACUGCAAUGUUUCCUCCUUUUCCUGUAUUUCUCUUCUUUUAACACCACUGGUUUAAGACAGGCCGACAUGAGCCAAUACUGCAGGGGUGUCCAAAAGGUACUAUUGGCAAUAUUCUACACAAAAUGAAACAUGGUGGAGGAGGAUUAGGGCCGCAUUGGGGGGAAAAAAGGUCACAAAGCUAUCAAAAUUAUCAUAAUUCUUGAAAUACAUUUAACAGCUUGUCUUACACUGGAGUAGUUUAAGUGUCUUCAGUAGAAAUUAAAAUAUAUAAUAUAUACGUAUAUAUAUACACACGUAUAUAUAUAUAUUACAUAUAUAUUAAAUAUAUUUAUUAUAUAUAUCGUAAUGUGAGAAAAUAUGGAAAACUUUAAGGGAGUAAAUAAUUUUACAAGGUUUAUAUAAUAUAUAUAUAUAUUACAUAUAUUAUAAAAUAUAUAUAUUACAUAUACAGUAUAUGAUAUAUAUAAAAUAGCGUCUGUGUGUAUAAAUAUACAUAUAAUUAUAUUAUGUAUAUAUAUAUAUAUAUAUAUAAGUUAAAGUUCAAGUACCAGUGAUUGUCACACACACACUAGGUGUGGCGAAAUUAUUCUCUGCAUUUGACCCAUCACCCUUGAUCACCCCCUGGGAGGUGAGGGGAGCAGUGGGCAGCAGCGGUGGCCGCGCCCGGGUAUCAUUUUUGGUGAUUUAACCCAAUUCCAACCCUUGAUGCUGAGUGCCAAGCAGGGAGGUAAUGGUUACACACAAUUAUAUAUUUAUAAAAUAUAUAUAAUAUAAUCUCUCUUGUAUGUUUCCUUGAAUGAGGGAAAGUUUGGACACCCUUUCAGUUUGGAACAAACCUGUUUUCUGUACACUGCCAUCAUGCAAACUCAGAAGAAUGUAAUUGAUUUCAAAUAUGUAUUUAUUCAUGCCAGCUAAUGGCGUUUUACGCCUAAAGUCUGACAAUCAUGUAGCUGAUGGAAGAAUUGUCUUUAUUAUUAUUUUUAAAGCGGCCGCCAAACUGCACACCUUUUGAUUUAUUUACCACAAAGUUUUCGUUUGGCUUUUAUUGUUCUUAUACAGUUCAAUAUAGCUACCGUUGUCAUGACAACCACAGCAAUGAAGACUACUUUAAUACCAAUGUCUUGUGCAACUAGCACUUCCUGUACAUUCCACCACGUCAUGUCUCCCCGUGGCAAUAAAGUGAACGAGGCUGCAACUUUUCACACGUGCGUACGAACCAUCACCAAAAUCCUCACUUAGCAGUCCAGCGACGUCCAACACAGGCGGCGCUAGCGCUACUGGGCGUACAUGUAGCCCACGCGCUCGGCGACGUAGGCGCCAAGCCGCACCGGCUGAAUAAGUGUACGUUAUAUGACGCAUAAAUAACCAACUGAGAACGUGCCUGGUAUGUUAACGUAACAUAUUAUGGUAAGAGUCAUUCAAAUAACUAUAACAUAUAGAACAUGCUAUACGUUUACCAAACAAUCUGUCACUCCUAAUUGCUAAAUCCGAUGAAAUCUUAUACGUCUAGUCUCUUACGUGAAUGAGCUAAAUAAUAUUAUUUGAUAUUUUACGGUAAUGUGUUAAUAAUUUCACACAUAAGUCGCUCCUGAGUAUAAGUCGCACCCCUGGCCAAACUAUGAAAAAAAACUGCGACUUAUAGUCCGAAAAAUACGGUACAUAGCUAGCAACAUCUGCACACGCAGAAACUAAGUACACUUGUUAAAGUGCACUGAAGGAAGCAUUCUAGUGCAGCACGAACGAGACAAAUAUUUUGUAUAUGCUCACUUUCCACAAAAUGAGCAUUAAAAAAAAAAAAGAAGUGAGAUUUCUGACCAGAGAGACAAACUGGUCGCUGGUCCAACGCUGCAUCAUGUCAGCGAUGUUGACCAGUAUGGCCCCGGGGAUGCAAGGAGCAGUGAUGAACUCACCAGAACCUUCCAGCACCUGGAAUGUCAGAAAUAAACAGGAAGUUACGUCACAUGUAAAUCAGUCAGACUAAGUUAAUAUUGUGGUAUUAUUACCACUGCUUCACUUCUUUUGUAUGACACUUCCUGUUAGCAUCUUACUUCAAACAACACUUACAUUUCACAACUGUUUAUCUCGCGCUCUGCAACUAAACGACCUCCAACGCUUCAAUUGAUGCCAAGCUAUUUUUUUCCCCAGGUGGGGUCAUGUUUUAUUCCCGGUUUACUUUCCAGUCUCUUCAGGAUUUUAUAGGCUUUUUGUGUGAUUGUUGCGGCCUAGAAUGCCCGAAUUCACAGCAGCUUUUUCAAAAAGCUGCGGCCAAAGUAACGAUGGCUUGAGGCUUUUUUCCUCCACAAUAACAUUUAAACAAUUUGUGAUUUUAUGAAUUUGUUAUCAAUGUUCUAGGUGAUCUUGUUUCCUUAACCUCAAAAUGAACAGAAAAACAACUACUGCAUUGAUGUUUUACUCGUUUUAUACCACACAGACAUCAAAGUAGACACUAGGUGGCAGUAAAAGCACACAAUCAGAGCUCAUCCUCAAAUUGCUGUCAAUUGUUUUAAUUAAUUUUAGCUAAUAAUAGUAACAAUAAGGGGUGUGUAUCUUUGGGCUCCGGACAAUUCGAACCGAUUACAAUCCCUGGGGUGACGAUUCAAUUCAGAACUGAUUCUCGAUUCAACAUGAUUCUCAAUGUAAUAUUUGAUAUAAUAAUUAUAAUGAAACUUUUUCAAAACAGGUUACAGGUUAGAAAAUCUCUUUUUGGUUGCAUGGAGAUGACCUAAAAACAUACUUUAGAAAAUUGAUUAUAAGAAAUAAGUGUGUGGUUUAUAUAUAUAUAUAUAUAUAUAUAUAUAUAUAUAUAUAUAUAUAUAUAUAUAUAUAUACACAUA